CCGGCCCCAGCCCCAGCGCCAUGGACUCGCUGGGGCUCCAGGACCGGCUGGUGGAGCAGCUGCUGUCGCCCAGGGCCCAGGCCCAGCGCCGCCUCCCCAGGCACAAGGACCAUGAGAAACAGUAUGUGGGUUUUGCCACCCUGCCCAACCAAGUCCACCGCAAGUCCGUCAAGAAGGGUUUUGACUUCACCCUCAUGGUGGCAGGGGAGUCGGGCCUGGGAAAAUCCACGCUGGUCACCAGCCUCUUCCUCACGGACCUGUACAAGGACAGGAAGCUCCUCAACGCAGAGGAACGAAUCAACCAGACUGUGGAGAUUGUGAAACACACGGUGGACAUCGAGGAGAAGGGCGUCAAACUGAAGCUGACCAUCGUGGACACCCCGGGGUUUGGCGAUGCUGUGAACAACACGGAGUGCUGGAGGCCCGUCACAGACUACGUGGACCAGCAGUUCGAACAAUACUUUCGGGACGAGAGCGGCCUGAACCGGAAGAACAUCCAGGACAACCGCGUGCACUGCUGCCUCUACUUCAUCUCGCCCUUCGGCCACGGGCUGCGGCCCGUGGACGUGGAGUUCAUGAAGGCCCUGCACGAGAAGGUGAACAUCGUGCCGCUCAUUGCCAAGGCGGACUGCCUCGUCCCCAGCGAGAUCCGGAAGCUGAAAGAGCGGGUCCGGGAGGAGAUCGACAAAUUCGGCAUCAAGGUGUACCAGUUCCCGGAGUGCGACUCGGACGAGGACGAGGAUUUCAAGCAGCAGGACAGAGAGUUGAAGGAGAGUGCCCCCUUCGCCGUCAUCGGCAGCAACACGGUGGUCGAGGCCAAGGGUCAGAGGGUGCGAGGCCGGCUUUAUCCCUGGGGGAUUGUGGAAGUGGAGAACCAGGCGCACUGCGACUUUGUGAAGCUGCGUAACAUGCUGAUCCGGACGCACAUGCACGAUCUGAAGGACGUGACCUGCGACGUGCACUACGAGAACUACCGGGCACACUGCAUUCAGCAGAUGGCCAGCAAACUGACCCAGGAUAACAGGAUCGAGAGCCCCAUCCCCCUCCUCCCGCUGCCGACGCCCGACGCCGAGACGGAGAAGCUCAUCAAGAUGAAGGACGAGGAGCUGCGGCGGAUGCAGGAGAUGCUGCAGAAGAUGAAGCAGCAGAUGCAGGACCAGUGAGAACUGGCCUCUCCCGACCCCGGCCCGGCCCCGAGGGGGCCCGCUGGGCGGGGGGCUGCCGGCGGGCACCUCCCCCUGACCCUAAUUUAUUCUCCCGAGGCUACGGGUCGGCUGGCGGGCUUCCUCCCCACGGGUGGCGGACGUUUCUGCGGGGCUUGACCCCUCCUCACAGAACACCAGUCCCCCACAGCCCCCUUCCGCUAGAGCUCAUGGGACCUCGGAGCCCACCCGCCCACCCCACUCCCGGGCCGGGAGGUACUGCUAGGUGGACUUGUGCCCCUUCUUCGCCCCCCACCCGUUUCCAGCCCCCAGAGACCGGGUGCUGCCUGCAGAUAGCGGCGCUGGCUUCCCGCUCCUUCCGGUCCCGGGCCCCUUUGGGAGCGGGAGGACGUUUCCCUCCCGGCCCCCUCUCCACCCCCCUGCCCCUCCAGGGUCUCUGAGGGGCUUGGGGGACAGGGGAAGGGAGAUGCUCCGUGCCUGUCUACCCACAUCAGAUGGGACCCCAAAGCUGAGGCUGACUCCUCUCCCAGCCCGGCAUCCAGAUUGUCCCCAAGCCAGGGUGUCCCCCUCUCCAGCCCAUGUCAUCUCCUCCGGACCCAACGCUCACGCUUCGGCCCCUCUCCCAGCACGGAUCCGUUGCCGAGGACCGAGGUUGGGCCGAGGGGCCGGGCUGGACGUCCUCCGCGCCCCCCACAUCCACACACGCCCAACACGCAAAUCCCUCCCUCGGACGAGGCGACCAGAGCCGUCGGCCCCCGACGGCUCCAGGCGGGCACAGUGCCCGCACGGGGCACGACCCGGCGGCCACCCUGAGUUUCAAACUCCUGUUGGACCCCCCUCCCUGCCCACCACCAUGCCCUACCACACAGACACGGGCCGCCACAUAUGUAGACAGGCCCCACCGAUUCACGCGCUCCGUGCCGUACGGUUGACGAGCCAUCAGCGGCACACGGGCCUACCCGUGCCGGCCAGCGGACACACGCGGCUCAGUGAGACGUCUGCACGCCCGACGUAGACCCGGAACCCGGGCUCCUCCGGUCCCUCCUCCUCGCAUGCACAUCGCGGACCCCUCACCCCCCUAACUCCCGCGCGCACUCGUGGCUCUCUCUCUACAGGGUCUCUGGGGUGGGACGCCCGCUCCACCCCUCCCAGCCCCUCUCCCUGGGACACUCUUCCUCCCUGCUGUCACUGCCGCAGCCCUCCCCGGGCCCCUCUGCAUGCCUCCUCCCCGUGUCGCCCCCAUUUUCCUGGCUGGGGCGGCAUCCCCGCCUUGGAAACGAUUCCAAGUCGUAGCCGAGGAUGUGCCCCACCUCGGGAUGAGGUCCCGCCUGGGACUCUGGUCAGUGCGGUCCCCGCCUGGGGGAUUCUUGUUGUCAGUCAUGUCCGACGAUACCCGGUGAGGCCUCGUUAACGAUAAUUAUAACUGUAACGAU